AUGUAUGGCUGCGCCUACGCUGUUAAGAACCGAGCCAUCGCAAUUACCUACGUGGAGACUGGGCUGUUUCAAGAGUUUGCGAUAUCAGUUCGCGUUCUGGAGUGGGCAAAUUCACAGUAUGGCCUUAUUCUUUUUCCGCAAUCUGUCACCGAUCCGUAUCCGGCCACCCGCCAAAACCCGCCGAUUACUUUUCGUAUUCCGCCAUUGCAUGUCUUUACCGUCGUUCUGAUAGCGCCAGAGAAACUGACAAACAGGACUUACCCAGACGUUACACUUGAAUCACUGUUUUUCUCUAAUUAUGGGGACCAGGUGCCCAGUGAUGCGUACCGCAUCCCACUAUUUGUUGGCUCCGAUCCUGGCAUGAGCACCAACACCCUGCACUCAUCUUUGGUCGUAUCCCCACGCCAACACCUCCAUUGCUCUGCUGUGACGAUCAUUAGUCAAUACGAGGAAUGGGUCAUCUCUCUAGCCCUGUUUUUCAAUUGGCAAGAAAGGCUGGAGACAUUAGCGGGCAAGUUCCGUGAACAGGUCCUCACCAGCCCAAAGUAUCCAUGGAUUUUUGACGAGGUGGAGGACGUCGAUUUUGCGUCCGUGACCGGAAUAGAAAUGGCUGGCGGCUAUGCCUCAAUGGACCUCGAGCUGAUGUCUAUCGAGGGGGGAACACUCUAUUUGCAGAUGGCAGGCAGAGCGGGGAACAAGACGAAAAUACUAACAUCAAAGGAUUUGGGCCACGAAUUCCAAAGCACCGCGCACGUUGUUUCGGCGAGAUUCCAGCCGGACGCCAACUACACCGGCCCGCGUGGCUUCCUCCUUUCUGUUAAAAGCAUCGAACGGCAAAUUGAGCUGAAUAGUUGCGUGCGCAACAUCACGCUCACGAAGGCCGACCCAGUCUUUGCCAUCAAUCAGGUUCAAUAUCAGACGGGUCAGUACGUUUGCGUGAAGCUAGACGAGACAAACGAAACGCAACAGCAACUUGUCGCGACAUAUUGCAACCUAAAAUCAAAAAAUAACCACGUGAAAGAGCACCGAAUAGAUGACUGCAUUUAUUACGACGUGGACCUUGUCUAUCUAACGCAAACUUGCUGCCGUAUGACGAUGAACAUUACGCGGAUCGACUAUACCAAAAUACGCAUAGAUAUAGAAUAUUCUUCGCUUCUAAUCCAGCUGUCUGAUUCGAUUUUAGAAGAUGUAAAUUAUUUGCCGAUCGGCAUACAGCCUUUUUCUUCAAACUUUCAAACAAUGUCGCUUUCUGCCAAUGCCGAAAAAGACACGCUAGUAUUCCUGAUAUUUUGCUACAGCUACACUAACUGGGGACUCCUUGAACAGCUGAGAAGGGCCCACAGCGACCAGGAUUGCGAAUAUAACCUAUAUGCGGGUGCCAUCCCAAACGGAGACGACAAAUUACCAUUAGCGACAUAUCAUGAAAGCGAACAGUUCUACCCGCAAUUCCUACCCAGUGGCGUGUAUUCUAGUUAUAUCCCCAAGGGGUGCAAUCCGACGAUAGCUGUCAAUGUGAUACAGCUGAAUACUGACCCAGGAGCUUUGAUAGAACAAUGCAAAGGUAUUGCGAUGGACGUGGGCCACGGAUUUGGCGAUCGCUUACAUGAAUUCAACGUUGACGUGAAUUCUACAAAGAUUUGGGAGUGCGAAAGCCGAAUCGACGUUGAAUACGAACUGAAAGCGCUGAAUAUGGGUUCUCUGGAAAUACUGGCGUUGGAUGCCGAUUCUCAAAUCAUCGCUCGAGAAUGCUUUGAAGCCGACAAUUUGCCAGAAUUACCAAAAAACACAACAUUUAGAGGAGUGUAUAAGUUAAAGGUUAACUGGGAGGGCGGUGGUCCAGUUUAUAUAGGAGAAGCCACCGGAUACCUCGGAACGGCCUAUUUUCUGCCCUCUAAACGGACAACAACCGCUUUACCUAAGUUGACGACGAACCGUGACGAAACCUCUAUUACCCGGAAACUGACGAAUCAGACGGUUCCGGAUCUAAUGCUCAGCGCCGCUUUUGAUCGGGAUUUAGAGGGAGAAGGGCUCAGCGAUGCGUAUCGAAUUCCACUAUACAUUGGCGCCGAUCCGGGGAUCAGCAACAAAAAUCUAUUACUGGCUUCGCGAGGUCAACUGAUCUGCCCCAAAAUUGGAGAUAAUGUUGCGGACCACGAAAACGCAAUCAUCGCGACGCUUUGCAACUUAAAACAGAAAAACGACCCGGACAGCGAAACCCCAAUCGAGGGAUGCAUAUACUACAAUCUCGAUCUGACCUACUCGAAGCAGAUCUGUUGUCGCAUGGUUUUGAAUGCGUCGAAAAAUGAAUACACUCAGAUACGGUUAAAUAAUGAGUACUCUUCACUACUCGUUCAGCUGCCGCAUUCGAUUGCUGGUUAUGAUGACCAUAUCCAAGUCCCGACGAACCAGUGCAAAGGAAUGGCCCUGGAUGUCGGACCGGCUUUUGGAGACCCUUUUCACGACCAUUUUGAAGCGACGAACACGUCAAAGCUUUGGGAAUGCGAGCGCUUUAUCAACUUCCAAUACGAAUUGAAAGCCCUGAACCUUGGCACGCUCGAAAUCUCGGCGAUGGAUGGCACUUUUCAGAUGUUAGAUCGAAGCCUG